AUGAUCAAGCAAAGGGAACACGUGGCUAAGGAUAUCGAGACGACGGCGGAGCAAGGCGGAGGCGAGUUCUCAGCCAAGGACUACCACGAUCCACCGCCAGCACCAUUGAUCAACUUCGACGAACUCACCAAAUGGUCGUUUUAUAGGGCGUGUAUCGCCGAAUUCAUUGCCACCCUUCUUUUCUUGUAUGUCACGGUGCUGACCGUGAUCGGUCAUAAAGUCCAAACCGACCCGGCCAAGAACACCGUUGACCAGGACUGCGGUAGCGUUGGCAUUCUCGGUAUUGCUUGGGCUUUUGGUGGCAUGAUCUUCAUCCUCGUUUACUGCACCGCCGGUAUCUCAGGGGGACACAUCAACCCGGCGGUGACGUUUCGACUUUUCUUGGGGCGUAAGGUAUCGCUGAUCCGAGCCAUCAUGUACAUGGUGGCUCAGUGCUUGGGUGCAAUCUGCGGCUGUGGGUUGGUCAAGGCUUUCCAAAAGACUUACUACAACAGCUACGGUGGUGGUGCCAACGAGCUGCAACCGGGCUUCAACAAGGGCACCGGCUUCGGCGCUGAAAUCAUCGGCACCUUCGUUCUCGUCUACACCGUCUUCUCGGCCACCGAUCCCAAGAGGAGCGCCAGGGACUCCCAUGUUCCUGUGCUGGCACCGCUCCCAUCGGAUUCGCCGUGUUCAUGGUUCACCUUGCCACAAUCCCCAUCACCGGCACCGGCAUCAACCCUGCAAGGAGCUUUGGAGCUGCUGUGAUUU